CGGCCGGCAACCGACGCCCCCGACCUGCCCCGCUCCGGCAGCAGCUGCAUUACCUGCACCGUGUAGAUUUAAGGGCCACGGGGAGAGGCGGACCGGAGUAAUGGGAGUUCCGCUUCUGGUUUAGAGCAGUUCAGGGCAUCCGAGGCGUCGAGGAGGCGGCGGCCGAGGGAGGGAACAUACCGAAGAGCGAAUUCAUUAGGAGGGACUGUGGGCUGGGAGCGCAUACCGACUAUUCCGGUGUGUGAAUCAGGUGCCCGGCGGGUGUGGAUCAGAGAGAUGGAUGCCCCGUCCACCUAGGACUCACCCCCCCUCUGAUGGACUCCGGCGGAGAAUAGGGAGACCCGGUAUAUAUGUGUCAUGGCCACCGCACUGCACAGAGGUGCUGAGCUGAUCAGCUCAGCAGAAAGCAAGAAAAUGGAGCCCAGAGUGAAGGAGAAGACAGGCUCAUGGGCCUCCCACAUGACCAACUCGCCCACCUUGAUCGUGAUGAUCGGCCUGCCGGCCCGCGGCAAGACCUACAUGUCCAAGAAGCUCACUCGCUACCUCAACUGGAUCGGCGUGCCCACCAAAGUGUUUAACCUGGGCCAGUAUCGGCGCGAGGCUGUCAAGUCCUACAAGUCCUAUGAUUUCUUCAGGCAUGACAACGAGGAAGCCAUGAAGAUUCGCAAACAGUGUGCCUUGGUGGCCCUGCAGGAUGUCAAGGUUUACCUGGGCGAGGAGGGAGGUCAGAUUGCUGUGUUUGAUGCCACUAACACCACCAGGGAAAGAAGAGACCUCAUCCUGGAUUUUGCAAAGGAGAAUGCGUUUAAGGUGUUUUUCGUGGAGUCAGUGUGUAAUGACCCAGAGGUGAUUGCAGCCAAUAUCUUGGACGUGAAGGUGUCCAGCCCAGAUUACCCAGAGAGACACAGGGAGCGAAUUAUGGAUGACUUCCUCAAGAGGAUCGAAUGCUACAAGGUCACCUACCAAGCUCUGGAUCCAGAUGAAUAUGAUAGGGACAAGUCCUUCAUCAAGGUGAUCAAUGUGGGCCAGCGCUUCCUCGUCAACCAGGUGCAGGACUACAUCCAGAGCCGCAUAGUUUACUACCUCAUGAACAUCCAUGUGCACUCGCACUCCAUCUACCUGUGCCGGCACGGUGAGAGUGAGCACAACGUGCAGGGCCGCAUUGGCGGCGACUCCGCGCUCUCCCUGCGCGGGAGGCAGUUCUCCCGUGCUCUGCGGGGUUUCAUCGAGGAGCAAAGUCUCCCGGACCUCAAGGUCUGGACCAGUCAACUGAGGAGAACCAUCCAGACGGCGGAGGAGCUGGGCGUGCCCUACGAGCAGUGGAAGAUCCUCAACGAGAUUGACGCGGGGGUUUGUGAGGAGAUGACCUACGAGAUGAUUGAGGAUUCCUACCCAGAAGAGUUUGCGCUGAGGAACCAGGACAAGUACCACUACCGCUACCCAGGAGGAGAGUCCUACCAGGACCUGGUGCAGAGACUUGAACCCGUGAUCAUGGAGCUAGAGAGACAGGGCAACGUACUGGUGAUCUGCCACCAGGCCGUCAUGCGCUGCCUGCUGGCCUACUUCCUGGACAAGAGUGCAGACGAGCUGCCUUACCUGAACUGCCCUCUUCAUGAGGUCCUCAAACUCACCCCAGUGGCUUAUGGUUGCAAAGUGGACAGGUUCGACCUGAAGGUGGAGGCUGUGAGCACCCAGCGGGACCGUCUGACGGACUUAGCCCAGAGGAACUCCGCACCUGGCCUCCCCCGGCGGAUUAGUUUCACCCCCCUAUCCAGUCACGAGCAGGCCAAGCGCCCCCGGUGCAGCACUGACAUCCAGUCGGGGCUGCCCCUCACCCCCCCCUCCGGGGGCCCUGCACUUCCCUGAACCACGAGAGGGGGCAGCAAUUCCAGAAAGCCAAGUUAGUGUUGAACACCCUGCUGCGGACAGCGCUGGCUUGUCAUCACUCUAAAUUUAACGCAGUGCUGGUCUCCCCACCACAUGCCUAACGUCCCCCCCCCACCCCAUCCACCCCUGCCCCACUUAUAAAUCCAUCAGUGGAAUGUCAGAGUGGCUUCCAUAUCUGUGUCAUCUCCUGUCCUUACACCACUGUGCUGAUCACUGUUUAUCUGAAGUGCUGCCAUAAAAUUGCUGAAACUGACUUAGCUGGUCUAGCCCCCAGCUACUGGCCGUCCAUUUUGUGGUUUUUUUUCUGCUUCCUUCCCUGUCCCUCCUUUUCGCCUCUCAGUGCCGGGAAUCACCCGUCUUUCUAUGUGUGUGGCCUGAGGGUCUCUCUGAGCGAUUCCAUAGACACGGUGUCCAUCGCUGCUCCUUCUUCAACACGCAGCUCAUCUGCUAGACACCAGCAGACUGUGCAAACUGCCUGUGCCGCCUCUCAGAAUGGCUGUCUGCCACCUCCCAAACACGCGUCUCUUUAAUGCUGCGGUGUUUGCACACAGGCGGCUCCUGGUCCGUACUCCAAGCGGGCACACCCUUGGACGCCCGUCAGUGCCCCCAGCCUGGGGACCUAAGCCCCAGUGCAGCGUAGGGUCCCUGGGGCCUUUUAUCUCCCAUGCUGGCCGUGUUUUGAGCUGCCCUUCCGUUCCUGACGCCUCCUGGUCUCGCCUCCCCAAUCCUGCCGUAGAUGUUCCACUGUGUCAGUGUGACGCAGCCCAAAGCGUUUCCUGUAUCAGUGAGUCAGCCACAGCCUAAAAUGUUUCCGGUACAUGUGUGUCUGUGUGAGGCAGGGGGGGUUCGGAGGAGGGUCCCCUGGCCAUAUCCUCACUCCCCCUCACCCUGUCGUCUCGGUCACAUGUCUGCCACCACCGGAAGCCCCGCCCCUCCACAGACCUCCAGCUGAUACUUGCCAAGCAUUGCUGGUGGUUACAGCGCUUCAGUGGCAUUUCAGCUGAUCGCUGUCUGUCCCGUCUGGGAAGGUUCGGGGUGUCAGCCACAAAAGUGAUAACCCAUGUGCAUGCAGCCUGUGUAGGGUCUUCAUACAGGUCAUUUAGGGCUAAAAGUUACACAGUUAAACGCAGCACACUUUGUGUGUCCUUUGUACACCUUUGGUAAACAAAGAUUUGAAAUGAUACGGUAUGCUGAAUGGUGAUCCCAGUGCAGCUUGCUGACAACAAAGGGAUAUUUAUUAUAAACUAAACUCAGAAGUGAACCAGAAACAAAAGGGUCCAUGAUGAGUUUAAUCACAGGUGGGAAGGUGAUGAGAAUUAAACCAAGGCUAGAACGAAAACAUAAGGAAUCACAGGAUAACACAUGGAAACACACACAGCAGUAACAAUGACUGACAAAGGAACAGGGCAUAGGUAAGCACUUAAUAUGAAGAGGUUUUAGCAAGGACAGGUGUGGGCUAUUACCAAUUACAUACAACCAACUAGGUACUACAGGGAACAGGUGAUGGUUGUUAACAGGCACUAAAGACUCAGAAAUCAAACACUAGGAGGUACAAGGCAUGUAAGCGAACGGGACAUAACCGAGAACCAAGGCACAAAAACAUCCAAUACAGAAACACAAAAGUUAAUAUAACAAGGGGUUCAAGAAAAAUGUUGAAUAUUAUUGAGGCCAGAACAGAAGGGAAGCAACAGUUCUCACCCACCUGCUUAGCCCAUUCAGCCACUUAACAACCCAGGGAACAACAAUAGGAAACAACAAAGGUGCCAGAACACAAAGUAACAAACAGGAUGGCAAGUGAAUGGGAGAACAGAGAGGAGCAAGGCAGCGACUGAUCCCGUCGAGAUUUCUGGUACAUGUAAGCAUAAAAUGAUAUUUUGCUACCCAGUUUGUACAAGCAAUAUAUAUCACAGAUGAACAGUGUAUGUAAUGUGUACAUUAUAUGGCAUGCAUGUCUAUGCAUGCAUGUGUGUAGUAUGAUAAACAUUAUAAUGUUGUGUGGAUAUAAUAUUUUUAGUGUGAUGUGUAUGUGAUUCCCCUUCAGUUUCUAUAAGAAUAUGUGCUAGUUUGUCUGCUUGUUUGCAUUGAACCUUCAUAUCCUAUAUGGUACUUCAUUCAGUCCACAAGUCCCAAUUAAUAAUAAAUAAAUAAUACAAAACGUAACAGUUCAGCAUUAUCAGACAUCUUCACUAACAUAUAGCAAUUGGUUGGAUUUUGUUUUAGGUUCAAUAUCCUGACCCCUGACUGCAUUCACUCCACUGAAGUCUGUUUGAAAUGUAUUUAAAUGGUACAAAAUGGGCUUUGCCCAUGGUAGUAGCUCUGAAGUUCUCCAUGAGAGCAUGAAGCUUCCCUGGAAGAUGGUGUUUACUCCCGGGGAGUACUCCCCCAUUGUUUGCUAGUCAGGGAUGCUGAUAGAUGAUAUAUCACUCAGGGACCUUGGACAUCGCCCCCCCCACUUAUGGCACCCCUGUUUUUAACCAGCUAGCUAGCAAUGACCUUCUGGAACAUGUUGUUUCUAUUUAAUUUUUAGUGCAAUGACUAUUUGUGCCAACAGGGGACCUUGUGCAAAUGCGUACUAUGAGUGGUGGUAAAUAUCGCCGCUGUGUGCUCCCAGGGUGGGUGUGGACAGAGGCCCCUGGGCUACUUGAUUUCUGAGAGCCCCACCUCCCCGGGGCAGAAGAAAACAACAUAUUUUGUCAGGUCAUUUAUAUUAAAACAUUUCAGUAGUACAGACCAUCUGGCUGCUAACUAGCUAGCUGGCAUCUCUUUUGGAAGAAAAGUAAAUAUUAAGUCUGGUGUAAAUGGCUCUCAUUGAAUGUAGCAACAGAUGUUUUUGAAUUUUUUGUUCCACUUGCUCUUUGCACCCCCUAAUUAAAAUACCUGUGAGCCUGAA